AUGUCUGCCGAACAGAACGUCGCCAACACCGAGGCCGAGAAGGAUGUCCAGAACGUCCUGGCCGAAUUGAAGGGUGACGCCGAGACCAACGGCCCUGAGAAGGAGGCCUCCGCCGAAGACACAGAGGAAGCCCGCAUCGUCGCGGCCGCCGCCCAGCUGGGUGAGAAGUCCGCGAAGGCUGAGGAGGACAAGGAGCGCGAGAACCGUGGUCGUGGACCCCGUCGCAACAACGCCAAGUUCGACCCUUCCUCUCAGAAGGAGACCGACGACCCUGUCGAGAUCCGCAAGCAGGUUGAGUUCUACUUCUCCGACUCCAACCUCCCCAUGGACAAGUUCCUGCUCUCCAAGGUCGGUGGUAGCCAGAACCGCUCCGUUCCUCUGGAACUCCUGCACUCUUUCAAGCGCAUGCGUCGCUUCCAGCCUUUCAGCGCGAUUGUUGAGGCCCUGAAGACUUCCGAGGUUCUGGACCUGGUCGACAAUGAGACCGCCAUCCGCCGCAAGACUCCUCUCCCCGAGAACGUUACCGAGACACACGACCCCAGUGUUGUUAAGGUGUUCGAGGAUAAAGCUAUGAACCGCAGUGUCUACGCUAAGGGAUUCGGUGAGGAGGGUCCCACCACCCAGCUGGAGAUUGAGGAGUUCUUCGCCCCCCACGGCCCCGUCAACGCCAUCCGUCUCCGUCGUGCCAACGACAAGACCUUCAAGGGUAGCGUCUUCGUUGAGUUUGAGUCCGAGGAGAAGCAGAAGGCGUUCCUCGCCCUGGCACCCAAGCCCCAGUGGAAGGGCCAGGAUCUGAUCAUCAAGAGCAAGAGGGAGUACUGUGACGAGAAGGUGCGCGACAUUGAGGCCGGCCGCAUCAAGCCCAGCGGUCACCGCCCCCGCGGCCGUGGUGGUUUCCGUGGCCGUGGCCGUGGCCGCCAGAGCGACAACCGUGACUGGAGGGAGCGUCGCGCCGAGGACCAGAAGCGCGGUUUCAGCGGCGACAAGAAGGAUGAGCCUAAGGAGCCUCGCGAGAUCCAGAAGGACGCUCGCGGCGUCCCCGUCGUACAGAGCACCGCCGACGCUGGCCAGAAGCGCGCCCGCGAGGACGAAGCCAACGGCGACCACCCGGCCAAGAAGGUCGACGCAAAGGAGUAA